CGCCACCCUCUACUUUCCAGAGCCGUCCUCGUCGAAAAGGCAGAAAAGGCACGCCAUGGGAGCCGUGGAGGAUGCAGUAGAUGCCGCCGCCCAUUUCGUUAGCCCAUUCCUGGACCAGGCCUCGGAUCGACAUGCUGAUGCUGGCAAAGGCGGCUUCGAGGCACGCCAGCUUGUGGAAGAAGCACUGUCACAUCUCCAAGCCAUAAAUACCGCCGAGCAGGCCUCCGACCCCGAUGCUCCAUACGAUGCAUCUCUCGUCGGGAUCAUGUACGGUCUUCUCGACCUCAUCGCGUCCCUAGGAAUUCUCCCGCACCUUUCUCCUGGCGUCUUGUUCAAUAAACGCCCACGCUCCGUUCUAAUGCCAUCGUUAUCUAUCUCUUCACGCCGCGAUGAACUCCUGCUCUCCGAUGUCACCAAGGCCUUGAUUCCCAUCUCGGAGCAAAACGGUACCGGCGUUCAGCCGCUGCUGAGCCAACGACUACUGCCAGACAUCAUAUCUGCGCUUGCAGAGCUUUCAUUCUCGCCUCACACAAGCGAAGCGUCACGCUCAAUGUACAAACCUGUCUAUGGCAAGGUUCUUGCGACUACGCCCACAUCGCGGUUACUGCCGGUUUUGGCCUCCUUUCUCCAGCAAGACCUUCCACCAUGGCUAAGGCAAGGACUCUCCAGAGAGCUUGCAAUGGUACCUCUUCGCCCUCAUGGGGUUCGACAUACCAUCGAAUUCCUCUCCUUAUCAUACCUAUCGAAGAACUCUCAAGUACCGCAAGAUGCGUCGGGUUCUCAAGCGCAAUUGCCGCUUCCUCUUGAAGCUAUCACACAAGCAUCGAAAUUGCUUGUGUCGGUCCCCAGCGGCAUGAGCCAGGAUGACUGGUUCACUCAGCUCGCACCGCAGCUAUGGACUUUAUUAGACGGGUCAGAAGGCAAAGAGCUCAGCCGGGCGGCGGGUCAAAUCGUCGCUGGCGGUAUCCUAAAUCGGAAGACCACCGGCUCUCCAGGAACGAUUGGAUGGGAACUAUUCGCUGCUCCUCUCCUUAAGGCCAUUCAUCCCAAAGUUGUUGUCGGGGCAAGGGUGAGACAGAGCACAGCAAACAGGGUCAUCGUGAGUGAGCAGGACCUGGAGCUCUCCCUGAAGCGGAUGGCCACGAUAGCCUCUUCAUACUCGCAUGCCGGCCUUAUCAAACGCCUCGUCGGCCCGGUACUGCUCUCUUUAUGGGGCCUGUUCGCUCAUGCAACAUCACGGCCAUCUCUAGACAAAGGGUGGACCGAGCUUCCACGCGCUAUCAUAUUAAGGUAUAUGACUGUAGCCUGCGAGCCAGCACGGAUCGAUACCAUAGCAGACAACCUUUUCUGGAAUGGAGAGUCCUCAUGGACCUUCGCACCUGGCUCUCGAGGAGGCAUCGAGAUCCGUCAAAGACCGCAUGAUGGCGACGAUUCAGCGGAUAUGGGAGACAUCCUGUCACGCAUUGGAUACCUUGACGAACGUGUGAGCAUGUUAUUGUCACUCCUUGCAGAUGCCAAUGUCGAAGACCAAAUCGCCGGUGCCAUAUUUCUACAGACGACGAGGAAAUGGCUCUCGCCCGGACAAGGAACCAAGCGUUCCUUAACCCAAGAACCUGACAUGGAUCCUCUAGCAAUGCUCACCUAUGCAAAGCUCUCCGAAGCUAUGGCGGCAACGUUCAAAGCCAAUUUUGCUCGCAGUCCGCAGCAUAUCAUCGAACUCAUGGCUCAACUGCUGCAAAACUUCGUCGAUGAGCACAAAACUAAAUCAAGAAGCAUUGCAGACGCGAACAAGCCCAGCCGGGCUACCCUAGGCAGCCUCGCGCAGCCUCAUUUAGGAAAUGCCGCUGUUGGUAGCGAGAGAGAGUCUGAGGAUCUUGUUUCCUUUGCUCUCAGCAUCUUUACCACCGUCGUUGGAUCACCGGACUUCAAGCGCACACCGGAAACGUCCAUGCUAUUCAACGCCGUUCAGUCAUCACUGCAAUACCUUUCUCAACCUAGUCAUGCCCUCCCCGUCCCACCGCUCAUCGCCCACGCCGCAACGAACCUUGUCCAAAUCAUAAGUCCCACGCCCGUUUCCACUCCCGCCACCGACCCUCUCAUGCAGUACCGCGUGACUCUAAAAUCAGCUUUUACUGAUCUGACAUCCCCGGAACCACCAAACCGAACAUGGGCGCUCUCGACCCUUCGAAACCUGAUCCAAAACCCCACUGCCUUUCCACUCAUUGACAUCCCAGCCACAACGCAAAUGCUUCUCUCUGUGUCAAUACCAGAUCCAGAAUCAUACGUCCACUUAGCCGCAAUGCCAGUCCUCGUCGAUCUCGCGGUGCGCGCCCCGAACCCUACGAUUGGCAUCCUAAUCGACGCAUUCAUUGACGUCGACGAGCGUUCGCUUCAGCUAAAGAAAGAGCAGGAAAUAGAGCAAGCUUUAAACUUUCGACUCCGUGUUGGCGAGGUCCUGAAUGAUAUUGUCUUGGAAGACCGGUUGUGGGUAACAGGCCGUGCCUUGGCCGCGAGAUACACGAGCCUGAAAUUGGUAGUCGAGGCUACCUUAUCACUUGCCUCCCGUCGCGGUCAGCGCAAGCAGACCCUCGCUAAGCGCAUGGAGUUCGUCGAAGCAGAGAGGAAGGAGCAAGAAGAAGGCGAAGCAGCGUGGGGCGGUCCAAUACCAAACCUUCUUGAUCCAGAGGCUGAGAACCUAGUCGAACAGGCAGAGCGUGAUGCUCUGCUCAAAAUUUUGCAAGGCUGGGAAGAAACGGGCAUCGAGGAAGACGUGCGGAUCCGUGCCUCUGCACUGAGCAUCCUGGGUAGCAUCAUGGAGGAGCGAUUAGGGCUACUGAGUCAAGCCACGGUAGAUGCGGGGCUGCAAAUGGUGCUCAUGAUACUUAGCGUGGAGACUGGGGAAGCGAAAGGGAUCUUGCGGCGAGCAGCCGUGCUGGUUGUAAUGGGUUUGUUGAAGGGGAUAGACGCGGCUUUAGAAGGGGGUAAGGAGAGCGCUGUUGGGCUAGGAAUGGAGCCGGCAGAGGAGGUGGAGAGGGUGGUGAAGUGGGUGAGGGAUGAAGAUGUAGAUGGGUUGGUGAGAGAUCAUGCUGGCAGUGUGGUUGAGGGACUGGAGACACUGAGGAUGAAGAAGCUGUACAAGAUUAGGGACGGGGGUUUCAGAUUGGGACCCGAUCUGGGUUUGGAAGGAAGCCUGCGGGGACUAGGUGUAGACCGUCUACCAGGCAACGAGAAGCGACGGAGAGGCCCAAUUGUGGAGGAGAUUGUGUAACUUCAUUCGUCGUUCGAAGAAGUCGAAUGCUGUGACGCCCGGCUUUUCCAAAGCUUCGGUCGAUUUGCGCCCAUGUCCUCCUGGCAUCUAAACAAAAUUUUCAGGGAAUUUCGCCCCGGUAUCAUCGGUG